AUGGGUAAGAACAAGAACAAGAACAAGAACAAGACAAAGAAUGGUGAGCAGCAAGGAGAGGGCAGCAAGAAUGCCGCAGCCUCCCAAAAAGGCACCCCAACCACUACCGAAGAUGUCCAAGCAGCUCCUGACAUGGACUGCCCACCAUAUUCUCUCUCACCACCUCCAAAUAUCCCCUUGGCAGUUCAAUAUCACAGAAACAUGGUUUACCACCUCCUACAAGCAAACAUCACCCUUGAAGAUAAAGAAAGAAGCGUCUCUGAUGCUUUUGUCACGACACGAAAUGCCUCUGAGCGAGCGGCCGUGGAAAGAAUCGCCACCUUCUUCGGUAUAUCUCCUGGCGUUAAAAAAAGUACCGUAUCCGAUGGCUCCGAGCAAGACCUCAAUGAGAACAUCAGAGCCUUCAUUCGAAAGGGCGUGCAAUCUGGGCGUAUUACAGAACAAGAUAUCAAAAGUUUCGUUACUGAGCAAAUAGUACCCUUUGAAGGUCCAACAAGCUACGCUGCUUUUUCUCAGAUUCAAACAUACCUUGCCCAGUGCGGCGUACCUUUUGUUCAUCACCAAACAUCUGUUUCUGGGUGUAGCGUAAGAAGCUACAUGGCACAGAAGGUCCCUAGCGAGAUCAUCGAGGAUUCUCAAACCGGGGGCAUGGUCGACAACCCCGUUCACAAGAGCGACAAAUCUGUUGAGGAGGAAGUUGAAGUUGCAGAGUCCGAUCAGCCAGAGCAUUCCAAUCCCGAAGACACAAACUCCAUCAAUGCCAAUUGCAGCGGAUAUCAGGCUCAGGAAAAGGUUGACGAUAGAUCGCCUGUAAGCGACGUGGCUUCUAAGGAGAAGGUUGAUGAGGGUGAUGGCCAUGGUUCUCAAACCAUAGAAGCCCCCCAGUUAGACGGCCUCGAUGCUCAAGAUAAAGAGCCUGCCGUAGUUGGAGAGGAUGAAUCCUGCGGUAACGAGCCCAGGUCGGAUACUAUCGGCGAGUCGGACUAUGAUGCGUACGAACGCAAAACCCUCGAAUCGUGUGAGGCGGCAGUGGAGCAAUCCAACUUUCAUAAGCAACGCGCUCAAGAGCAGCUUGAACAUGCGACGUCGAAGAUUAGCCAAUGCGACGAGAUGGCUCAACAUGCAGCAGCUCUUAGACGCCUGGUAAAGCAAAGGAGGGAGAUGGAGAACCAAAUGGAUUAUCACGAACGGGAAAUCGAGGAUCUUAAGGUCUCAAUUCAAGAGGUCUAGCAGACGCC